AUAAAAUUAUGUAACUUGUUGUCACCAUUAAUGACGAUGAUUGGUCUUGCUGCUGUGGUUGCUGCUGUUGUCGGGUUCUUGAAAACCUGUUGUUGUUGAACAUCUUGUUGCCUCCUUGUCCACGGUGACGGUAAUAAUUGUAUAUGUUGUAUCUGGGUUUGGUCGUCCUAGUCAUGCUGUUGUUUUUGAGGUUGUCAUUGUGAUAAUCUUGAUGGUCAUGGUAGUAGUUUCUCUUGGAUCUAGAUCUGUCCGUUUUCUUGAAAAAACCCCCAAAAAAAUGCAAAGGUUUAUACACUAAAGAUCUGCCUGUUCCUCUCUUUCUCUGAUUCUUAGAUUUGUCAAAUGUUCAGGGUUUGAUUCUUUCUUUCAAUUCUCUUGAUGGGUUUGAUUCUUUCUUGCAAUGCAUGACUUCUAGUUUUAAUGUCCACAAGGUGAUAAAUGAAUUUGCAUAUACAUGCUGCACCUUUUCAGUUGAUGCGUUUUGUAUUAGUGGUUGAUAAUUGUAAAAGUUGUGUUCAUCCUUCGAAAGUUGGCUGUUUCUAUAGCAACUGUAUAUUAGUAGGAUUUGCUGUAGAAUCAAUUUUUCACUCAGACUGCUAAGGGAAGAAGUAGCAACAAGGGACCAUUCUUCCUUUGCAUCAAAUGACACAAUAAGAUUCCUUAGAGAAUUUGAUGAAUGCAUGGAUAACUGUUGCGGGGGCUGCUGGUGAUGAAGAUGGCUUUGAUUUUGUGGGUUUUAGAUGUUGAAGGCAGUGGUGAUUGAGAGGCUGGUCCUAGGCGUUCCCCCAGUGUUGUUUCAGUGACCUCAGAGGCUGGUGUUGGUUUUUUUGGAAUUCCAAAGGUUGUUAAUAAGCUAUUCUCUUAACUCAUCAUUUUAUCUUCAAUUUUUACCAGAGGCUAGUGGUUGGUUUGCUGGAUAUGAUGAUGAUUGAUGAAGAUUACAUAAUGACAUUAAUGAAGAUUGAAGAAUGAAGAAUUAUGAGUGGACAUGUGAGUUGUGAGUGUUGCUGUGGGAGGCAGUGAGGAUCGAGGAGGUGUGGUGUGGGUUGAGUGGCGUGUUUGUGUGAAGGACGGCUACAAGGACCACCCCUCUCGCCAUCAUAAAAAAGACCCCACCUGAACACAUCUCCAUCACCGUUGUUCGGCCUACUAGAACCUUGUGGUUGCUGCUCGAGGCCAUCAUCUACGAUCACUGGCCUGAAGGUUCUGACUUUUAGAAACAAGUCAAAUUAGGGUAUCAAAGAACGAGGAAGAAAGAAAUGGAAUUUUGCCCAACAUGUGGGAUGUUAUUGCGAUAUGAGCCGCCAAAUAUGGGGCAAGCAGCUAGAUUUUAUUGCCCUACAUGUCCCUAUUUUGCUUCGAUUGAGAGCAGGGUUAAGAUAAAGAGAAAGCAAAAGCUUGCUAAGAAAGAAAUUGAACCUAUUUUCACCCUUGAGGACAUGAAGAAAGGCGGUGCUGAAACUGAUGCAACAUGUCCCCAUUGCAACUUCGGGAGGGCCUGUUUCCAGCAAAUACAAAUUAGAUCAGCUGAUGAGCCAGCAACAACAUUUUACUUCUGCUUGAAUGAAAAGUGUGGGAAGAUGUGGCGUGAGGACUGAGGACAGCAAUAUGUCUUGUAAACCUCACAAAUCACAUGCACUUCUUCACAUGUCUCGAAUUUCCAUCCAUCCUCAGAUGCUUCAAAGUUUUCCAGUUAGCAUGUUUUUGUGUACAAUGUUACAGAUUUGAGACACCAGUUUAUACCGGAGAAGCUGCUAAAAAUGUUCCGACUUCUAAGCAAACAGCUUAGCUUUUCAUUUCUUCAUGGUUCUC